AUGGCGAACUACGUUCCCCUCGUUGCCUCUGGCAACGCACCAACCCAGCUCGCAACCGCGAAUGACCCGGCUGCGACCAGCGUUCCCACGGCGCAUCAUCCCCACCAUGGUGGAGCUGCUGCGCAAACGCCCCAAACGGCUGUCACGGCCAAUGCAGUGGCGCCACGGCCUGCGGGAUUCUCGCCAGAUCUGCAACCAGUGCAGCUGCUGGCAGCAGUAGUGCCAGACGAAGAAUGGGCGGCUCUUGGCAUCACCAGCGGUGGCCAUGCGGACCACGCCGCCGCUGUGCCAGGGACUGCCCCACCGCGCAGGCAGCUCUCCUAUGCCGAGGCAGUAGGAGGCCACAAGCGCCCACGCGCGCCCCGAGGACGCAGCACCGGCCAGGGCGCAAGCCAAGGCCCACCAGCGCCCCGACGCCCAUCACGUCAGAUGGAGGCCGAGAAGGCUGAGUAUGCACCGCUGCUCAACUCGGCAACCAUCUACGUGCCAAUUGCGAGCACGAACCCCGACCGUGCAACGCUGAUUGAGAACCAGGUUUUUGCGGCUCUAGGCCGCCCGACGGUGCCACCGUCGCACCGCAACUACCCGAUAUUCUCUUUCACACGCACGGCAGAGAAGAUCGGCGUCACCCUGAUGAGCCUGGACGACGCCAUCACCAUCGCUAAGCACCCAUUCCGGCUUGGCAACCAGGAGCUGCAGUGGACAUCGGCAAUGGGCGUGAUCCAUCACGUAGCCAUUGCCCACGUCCCAGCAACGCUGCCCUACAGAAUCCGCGCAGCACUCAGGCCCUACGGCCAAGUUUCCCACCUGGAGCCGGUCCUCAUCAACCAGCGCCACUACGGAGACUGGGAGUUCCUACUCCAUGUCCCCAACGGGAAGACGCUGCCUGCAUCUUUCAAGAUGCACAAGCAUCCGCUCCCAAUCCCUCUCCUGCGGGGUGAUUAUGCCACCAUGGCAUGCCCACGAUGCAAGGAGAUCAACCCUGAGCAGUGCCACUGCCCAGGCCCUCAGUGCCAUCGCGCCCGCUCCCAGCGCCAUAGCGCUAACCACAACAACCAAGCUGAGGCACUAGUUGCAGCCACCCCAGCUGCACAGACCCACGAGCCCUCCCCCGACCUGGAUGUGCAAAUGAGUGAGCAUGCCAUCGCACAAUCGGCAGACCAGCCACGCAACUCUAAUGGCCGACCAGUUUCGAUCUCACCAGCCAUCCUUAUGGCUGAGGCAUCGCCAAAUGCACAAAUGGCAUCCCUCCCAACCACACCUUCUACACAGCAGGCCCCAUCAACGCCAACCAGGGCAACUCCCCCAGAAGGCCUUGCUGACUUCCCGCCAUAUGGGCCACAGCUGCCCCACGGCACAAGUGUGCCAACCACUGCCAGCGAGUUUGAGCGCAUCCUCUACGAAGAUGACCACAGCUCAGCCGCAUCAUUCAGCAGCCAAUCAGUUUGCUCAUAUAGUGAGCAAUUCGGCUUUGAAGAUGACGAGGACAGCGAGCAACCCUAUGCCGCCCCAGCAGAACCCCUCCCUGAGGGACUGCAGAUCAUAGAGGACAGCGCAUCUGAUUCCUCUGAUGCUCCACUAAGCCGCAGACUACGAUCCCACACAAAGAAGGCCCGCCACACAUCCCCACAGUUGGACAAGCAGGGCGCUGCAAGUGCUCACUAG